AUGUCGGCCCGCGGCGUCCUCUGCCGCUUGGCAGCUGAUAUACCGAGAACAUCAACACACGACCUCGCCUGCAUCUCACGCGUCUUCCACCGCGCCGUCCUCACCCGAAAUGCGACCUCAAUUGCCUCGGUCGGGGGUCUGUCGCACGCCUACAAGCUCGCCUACGCUGUUUCCCGCCGUUCUUAUGCCACGGCCACGGCGAAAACGCCUGCGAAAACGGUGAAGAAAGCAACGGUCAAGAAGACGGUGGCCAAGAAGCCCGCUGCCAAGAAAACGGUAGCAACGAAGAAGCCUGCAGCGAAAAAGAAGGCUGCGCCAAAGAAAAAGCGAGCGGCGAAGAAAGCCGCGCCGAAGAAGAAACCCGCAAAACGGGUUCUGACCGAGGCAGGCAAAGCCAGGAAGAAGAUAUCGGAGGAGAGAGCGCACCUCAAGGAGCUCAAGGAGACUGCCUUGACUGCGCCCAGGGACCUUCCUUAUAAUGCUUGGCUAGUCUAUGUCUCAGAGCUGCAGAAAAAGGCAAAGGGCAGCGAUACACUACCUACGGAGGUUACGAAGCAAGCGGCGGCACAGUUCAAAGCCUUGACCGCAGCCGAGAGAGAGCACUACAAUCACCUCGCCAACCAGAACAAGGCCGCGAACGAGGCCGCCUACAGGGCAUGGAUACUGAGUUAUACACCCGAACAGAUCCGCCUCGCAAACAACGCGCGCCGCGCCAUCCGAGAUAAAUAUACCAAGCUAAAGGAUGCCGGGAAGAAGACGAGCAGGAGAUACCCGAAAGAAACCAAUCGCCUCCAAGACGAGCGACAAGUGAAGCGAGCGAUGAACGCUUUCUUGAAUUUUAACGUUGAACGCAGAGCGAGUGGAGAAAUGAAGGGAAUUAAGUCCGUAGAUGCCAGCAAGCUAAUCGGCACUGAGUGGAAGGCGCUCUCUCCUUCAGAGAAGAAGAAAUACGAAGAUCUUGCCCUUGCACAAAGGAAGCAGUAUUCCGCCGAUUUUACUUCUACUUACGGUCGUCAGUCAAGGACGGCGGUAGCCUGA